CAGUGGAUAGAGGAAGUGAAGUAAGUUAUGUACAUACAGCCCAUGUUACAUACUCUGUACAGUAGUUGGCAGUAUGCAUCUGAAAGUCAUGGUUGCAACCCGCCAUUAAUCCAAAAGAAGAAGACGAGGAAGAGCGGGAAGAAGAAGAAGAAGAAAAGGGCGGAAAUUAGAAGGAAAAAGGAAAACAUUAGUUCGGUAAAAGACGACGUCAAAAUGUUGAAAGAUUUGGUAAAGGAGCGAUUGAUGGCGGCAGCUGAUGAAAUUUUCGAACUGUUUGAAAGAACGAUAGCGUCAUACGAGGAGGAACUUUGUCGAACCAGAGCGGAGAAGGAGCGACAUCGACGACAACUGGAAGCUGUUUGCAAGACACCAUCUGUGCUACGCAUUGAAGACGUCCAGAAGGUGAUUUGUCGUCAAGAAGAACGUCCUACUCCACUUUGCUCUACUUUGAAGCAGGAGGAUCCACACAACCCCGACGUUAAAGAGGAAGAGGAGGAACUCUGGGUCACUCAGGAGGGAGAAUGUCUUUUAGAGCAGGAGGAGACUGCUCUCACCGAGUUGGCAGGUAUUUCAGUGAAGACUGAAGACCAUGAAGGGCCUUCAAGCAGCAGCUCACCACAACACAUGACAACAGAAUCUGAUGAAGACCACUGUGGAGGAUCACAAGCAGACAACCUCUUACCUCCACUGUCAGACAGUGACGACACAGCAUCACACUCUCAUGAGGCUGAAGACAGAGACGACACCCAAGGACCUUUGAACAGCGUUGCUGACUGUGAAGGUGAUUCGAGGACUCAAACUGACAAAAAACACUCUGAAUGUUCUAAAAAGAAGGCGGGUAAAAAAUGCUUGACUUGCCCAGUUUGUUGGGAAAACAUUUCCAAUAAGAGCGAUUUGACUCGACACAUGCGGUCACACACUGGCGAACAACCUUUUAGUUGUUCAGUUUGUCAUCAAAGAUUCUCUCACAAGUCAAAUAUCAGAACGCACAUGCGGACACACACAGGAGAAAAACCUUUUGGUUGUUCAGUUUGCGGUAGAAGAUUCUCUCAAAAGUCAAAUAUGAUGAUACACAUGAGAACGCACACAGGAGAAAAACCUUUCAGUUGUUCAGUUUGCGGUCGAAGAUUCUCGGAAAAGUCGAGUAUAGUUUCACACAUGAGAACACACACCGGAGAAAAACCCUGUAUUUGUUCGAUUUGUGGCAGAAGAUUCUCGGAAAAGACCAACAUGAUUUCACACAUGAGAACACACACCGGAGAAAAACCUUACGUUUGUUUGGUUUGCGAUAAGAGAUUCACUAAUAAGGUAACUAUGGUAAAACACAUGAACAUACAUGAAAGAGAUAAACCUGUUGAUUGCUGAUUUGAUUGUGGUGAAAAUUUUGUGGAAAAAAAAAAAUAUAGGUGGUCCACAGGUUAUGUUGUUUCAUGGUAAUGCACCAUCUCCCGUGAAUUCAUUAAAAACACUGGACUCACUGGAGAAUUAUUUAGGGUGCGCUGUGGAAUACCACACGAUAUGCUCAGUAUUGGCCGCACUUGUUUCAGUGGCUUGACUGUCGCGACCAUCAUUGAGGAUAAAGAUGGUAUUGUAACGUCUACUCGGAUGUUGUAAGGAUGAUGAUGAUAAUGAGGUGGUCGAUAAAUAAUCUCUUCAUUUCACAAACAAAACCGUCUACUGUCCACGCAGCCAUCCUUCUCCUCCCCACCCACAUGCACACAGUCAGGCCUCAGCCUGUCAUGUUCACAGACACUCGGAAAUCACAAAACUCAGAACACAUAACUGCCAGGGUGCUGAUCCUGUGAAAGUGACAAUAAAAAGUGUAAGCAGCAGUGCGGUGGUCUUAUUAUUGAGAUUAUUUUUUUUAUUUUUUAUUACUGUUUACUUUCACUCAUUACUGUAUUUUAUGUCCUUCAUGUGUUCUAUGUACAGUGUGAGUGACUUAGGAGUUCAUUUAGACUUACACCCUAACGCGACCUACAUCACAGUCUAGGAACGGAACUCGUACGUAUACCCGAGGACCACCUGGACAGUAUAAGAUACACACGUACAGUAUGUACAUAUGUAUAUACCGUAACUGAAUUAUGGAUAUUGUGGGACUGUCUUGGUUGAGGAUUGCGUGGAAGUGAGGAACAGUACCUCUGGACUGGCAGGCCGGGUGAUGGUCUCCCAUUUUAAGAAUGGUGACUGGAGGGUGUGUUGCAACUACAGAGCGGUCACACUCCUCAGCCGCCCUGGGAAAGUCUAUUCCAGUUUCUGCAGAGAAGGGUACGACUGUUAGUCGAACCUCUGCUACAUACAUUUGCAGUACUAAACACAAAAACUGUCAUUUUCAAGUAAGGAGUACAUGUACCAUGGACAUUUGUAACAUACUGUAUAUUUAACAUUGCACAUCUUUGACAUUCAUUAGUGGUAUUUUAGAAAAACAACCCAUAAAACAUGGGUUCUGUGGUAUAUUCUCCAUCUUGGAUAGGAGAAGCGGUAUAGAAAAUGGAUGGAUGGAUUUCACUUUGGCUUCUUAGGUGAACCAGGAGUGUCUAAAGUGCAGCCUGGGGGUCAUUUGUGUCUUGCAGCUUAUUUUUUUACUGGGCCAUGGCAUAUUCUGAUAUCGGAAAUAAACUCUAAAUGAGGAAAAAUGCGGACUGUAAUGAGACAAGGUUAAUAAUACGCUUGGGUGACCUCAGUAUUGGGUUGAUACUAGCCUGAUGUGAUUGAUAUUUUUCGGUUCUCUCAUGUUUAUUUUCACUGCUGUGUUUUCUUGUUUUGUGUUGUUCGUAUGUUAUAUUUUGUCAAAGGGUUUGAAUGAGAGCCAAUAGUGUAGUAGUCGUUUAGUUGAACAGUAUGAACAGUUUGUCACAUGUGUAGGCCCACUUUGAAAUA